GUUUCUAGUGAAAAAUACUUUGAAAUGAUGAUAAUACAUGUUUUUUACUCUAUCAUCUGAGUUAAAAUAAUAUACACAUACACAGUUUGAAUACUUUAUUUGGCUUCGAAAUUAAAUAAUGUCACAAAUUAAACUAAAACCAAAACGUAAUCGCAAAUUACCAAGAAGGGAGGUACUUGAUACAGAGUUCAUGACACCCGUGAAUGCUCACAUUAUGGAUGAUCUCUUAUUGAUCCGUACACCCUCACACCAUGAUCGAGUUAUUCUAUCCGAACUUUGGAAACAAGAUCAACCUGUUCAUCUGUCUACAUCGUCACAUAUUAGUAUAAAAAAAUCUGCAAACAACAAAUCCAUCGAUGAUCAAGUAGUUAAUAGUCAGCCAAAAAAUUUUAAGGAAUUGAUUAAACAAAAGAAAAAAAAGAGCGAUGAGAAUUGGCAGAUGGAUUUAAGUCACAUCACCAUUAUACCACCUACAAAACAAGAUAUCCCUCCUCCAACUAAAAAAGCCGUGGUUUACAUUGAACAAUAUACUGAAGAUGAUAAAAAAGAAUCACCACUAUUAAAACAACAAAAUGACACGCUGCCUGAUAAGAUAGAGGAUUCUGUUGAAAAUACAACUAAUAUAAAGCAACAUUUAGACGAGAAGGAUGAAUACGAUGAAAUAAAGGAAAAUUCAGGAACUGAUAUAAACCAAACUGAAUUAGCAAAUGAUGAACUUGCGAUGGAUACCGAGUAUGAUGCUAAAGAGUUUGAAACUACUGUACAGCAAGAAGCAAAUAAAAUGAUUCAAGAUAAUAAGGAUAAAGAUAAUUUAUCCGUGAAUACAAAUAAAGUAAAAGAUAUGUGUUACCUGUCCGAAAAUAAGGAGCAAGAUGUAGUAUUGGAUAAUAAAAAUAAUACAGACAAAUUAGUUCAAUUGUUAGAUAACGAAAACAAAGGUGGAGAAGAUACAAGUCAAUUACGAGAAAACGGAAAUAAAGAUGGAAAAGAGAUAAGUCAAUUACGAGAAAACGGAAAUAAAGAUAGAGAAGAUACAAGUCAAUUACGAGAAAACGGAAAUAAAGAUGGAGAAGAGAUAAGUCAAUUACAAGAAAACGAAAAUAAAGAAAAAGAUCAAUUAUUAAAAAAGAAAAGUAAAGAUAUAGAACAAGCAGUAAUAGAUCAUGACUCAAUAAUGAAUACACAAGAAAAGGACCUAAAAGAAGUAAUAACUGAUAGUGGACAUACAAAACAAAUGAAUAAUAUACUACAAGAAGCAACUCAUUCAGACGAUGAUCAUAGUGUAAUAAUAGAAUCGAAUUAUUUUGAGACUGAACAAAUAAAUGAUGAAUGUAUAACAAAACUAAUUCCAUUCAACGAUGCUUUAACUAAAAAUGUAAGCCAAGUUUUUAAUGAAAAGUCAAAUGAGCAAAUAAGUGAAUCUACCGCUAUUUAUGAAGAAAACUCUAAUUGCAUAGAGGAAAAAAAGUUAAUAAAAGAAAUGUUAUUGUCCAGCACCUUGACGAAUGAGUCCCUUCAUAAUGAUGAUGAUACAGAUCUAUCUGUCUUUGACACAGAUGGUAGUGUACAUCAAUUCGACCUUGACACUCAUAAUAAAGAAGAAGCAUCCACAAUACAUCAUAUAAACUCAGAUACCCCCUCUGUUAUCAUGAAUGAAGAUACCAAAUUAUUGUCACCUUCCAACUAUAGUAAUUUUUUAACCCGGGUAUCUAAUUUAGCAAAUGACGACACUAGAUUAAGCCCUGACAUAAUAAAUAAUAAUAAUCAAAAAAAAGAAGAAGAAGAGGAGGAGGAAGAAGAAGAAGCAAUUUUAUUAUUUAAUUGUAAUGAUGAUAAAGAAGAAGAGAAUAAACGCUAUGAAGAAAUAUUUCGAUUAAUGUCACUACCAAGCUUAAAAAGAAAAGCGUCAUCAGAUUUAAUCGUAUUCUCUAGACAUAAAAAGAAAAGAAAACAAAAAAGAUUAAGUCUAUUGAAGAAAACAAAUGCAUUAGAUUGGAUUAUUAAUGGAAAAGACACAGAUAAAAGGAAGAUAGGAAUUGGUGAAUUUAGAAGACGUCAGCUUAAAAAUAAGCUUGAACAACCCUAUAUUAUCAAGAAACGUAUCAAAAACUGCUGGCUAAUUGAAUGACAAGAUAAGAAGAAAGUGGCUUAUAUCAAUAAUACUCUAUUUCUAUCCAAUCAUCAUAGAUUUUCAGUUAUGAGCAAUAAUAAAUAAUCCAAUCAUUAUCAUUUUUGUUAUUUA